GGCUGCAAAGCACUGCAGUAGAGAACUGCUUGUACUCUGAUUUGAACAACUCCAAGCAAAAUUCACAAUAUGAGGCUGUCUGUGUCUCUCCUGCUGAUCACUCUGGCCCUUUGCUGCCAUGAGGGCAAUGCUGUCGUCUGCCCAGCUGUUCUUGCUGAACACACAGUAUUUCUGCUGGGUACUCAAACCCAGUUCAGAUUACUACUGGCUAAGUUCAAUGCACCACCAGAGGCUUCUGAAGCAAUGAUAACAGUGAAGAAAUGCACAGACAAUAUCAGCUAUUUGAAAAGGGUGCUUGUUGAAGAAGCAUUGGGAGAAAUUUUGUUACAGUGUCCUGUCUGAGAUGUGAAAAAUAUCAGAUCCUGGUUUUUCAGGGAUACCCUGAUCUUAAGUUCAGAACAUGAAGGUUUCCAUGUCUUGCUUCAAUAAAUCACUUUCCUUGCAUUAAA